AUGUAUCCCGCCAGGCCCCGUCUGCCGGCUCUGGCCCCUCGCCUGCCAGGCAAUUCGCCGCCGGUCGUCGAGAGGCCGAGCGUCAAAGAGCACACGGAAAAGGAGUGGGCCGCGCGGAAGGACCUCAUUGAGGCGCUAUACAUAGGCGACAAUCGCAAGUUGAACGAAAUCAUGGCCAUCAUGGAGACCAAGUAUGGCUUCGCCGCUACCGAGCAAAUGUAUAAAAAGAGAUUUAAGAAGUGGAACAUAAGAAAACGAGCAUAUCGCAAAUCAGCUGUCGAGACCAAAGUCUCUACUCCCUCCUCGGCUUCCGCUGCCACUCCCACAUCCACCUCCACGUCUUCUUCUUCGGCCGAUUCAAAGCAAGAGGAUGACGAUGUCGAGGAAGUACCAAGGACGCCAGAAACCCCUGCAGUAACAGGCCUUGACCUGGUGCCGAAUCCCCAAUUCAAGCCCCUCGCGGAUCUAGAACUCGUCUUGAACGGUGUCAUGACUUGGAGUUCAGAGAAGCUGGAGUCGUAUCGCAUAGCGUCCGAUCCCAUGUCCCGAUAUCUUGCCACUCCCAACAAGCCUAUUCAAGACAGCCGCACCAUGUACCGGACGUUCGAAUUGGUGUUCGACCUGUGGUCCUAUGGUAAAGGUGACCUGGCGGGUAUGGCUGCCAGGAAGGGCUUCUACGUCAUGGAAUAUGUCUUGACCGAGGACCACCCUGACCUUUUGUGGCACAUGCUUGACACAAUAUAUGACAUGAUCGACCGAGGUCAUUUACAGCUCCUCAGCAUGUUCAUACGGCAUGCGCUUGUCCUGGCACGGAGCCGCUUCCCCGAAACCCACCCUCUCAUUCGUAUCCUCCAACAGCUCUUGUCGUGCGACUAUCAAACCGAGCAUGGCCGUCAAUUCAUCUGUUAUCUGUUACGGCAAGCAUGGCUACGGAACGUCGAUCUUCUUUCGGAGCACAUUAAGAGAUCAGCCCCUCAGGAGUUUUGGCUAUAUGAGCAGUUGAUAUGGGAUGGUCGGACAAGAUUGCGUAGGAACAAUGGGCUUGCUAAUAGACGGGAGAUUAUGUACGAAGGCCUCGAGAGCCUGGGCCAUCAUGAAGAACACUUGGUGAGUGACAGCAACGACGGCAACUUGGAGAAGCUGAGAGUCGAUGCUCUCAUGUUGGAGUUUACGCAAAUGGACCUGGAUGAUAAGGAGAAGGCGGAGCAGAUGGCGUUGGACCUGCUGGAUACCACCCAGUUCUGGUCAGGGGCGCUUUCGAACGCCAGAUUCCACGCAUAUGCCCGCAAGAUGCUGGCCAGAAUAUGUGAGAGCAAACAGGACUGGGACCGAGUUGAAGAGAAUUUAAAGCAGGCCAUUCACAUGCGAGAGGCAGCGCACGGUACGACCUCGAAUUUACGUGUCAUCCGAGACAUGUGGGUGCUCGCCGCCUACUACCAAAAGGUUGGCAAGAUAGACGACGCUCUGCAAGUGGCCCAAGACGCCAUCACCAGGGCGCAGCAGUAUUUACAUGAUCUCCCAGGCUGA